UCCUGGGCAGCCGGCCACGGCCUCCGCGGCGUUGGACUACAUUUCCCAGGGUCCACCGCGUGCCGAGCGCCGCUUCAUUUCCGUUUGUUCGCGCGAUGUGGGGGCCUCGCGAGGGGAGAGGGCUGCGUCUGUGAAAGAGCUUGGCUCGGCUGUUGCGGGGCGGGCGAACCGAAAGCGGGCUUGGAGCCCGGGCGCCGGAUCCUGGACCCUGCAGCGCACCUUCGGUCGAGAGCCCAGAGGAGGAAAGAAUGGCUGUUACACAUUCAAAAGCAAAGCCCAAGCUCUGCCUUUUCCAGACCCUGUGCUUCUCUAAUAUAGGAAUCCAGAGGAGGGCUGAUCAUUUCUUGCAGCUCUAAAAACCAUGGCUCAGAGAUCAGUGAUGUUCAGGGAUGUUGCCAUUGACUUCUCUCAGGAAGAGUGGGAAUGCCUGGACGCUGCUCAAAAAGACUUGUAUAGAGAUGUGAUGUUGGAGAACUAUAGUAAUCUGGUGUCACUAGACUUGCCUUCAAGGAGUGCAAAUAAGAAAUUAUCUCCAAAAAAGGACACUUAUGAAACAGAAUUAUCCCAAUGGGAAAUGAGUGCUAGGCUUGAAAACUGGGAUCUUGAGGAGUCCAGUUCCAGAGAUUAUUUAGAAGUCAAAGGCACAUUGGAAAAGCAACAAGAAAGUCAGGAGGAAUAUUUCAGGCAAGGGAUGAUCAUAUAUGAAAAAAUGUCCAUUUUCAGCCAGCAUACUUACUUAACUCAACAUCCCAGAUGUCAUUCCCCUGAGAAACCUUAUAAAUGUAAGGAAUGUGGGAAGGCCUUUAGACGAGCCUCACACCUAACUCAACAUCAGAGUAUUCAUACUGGUGAAAAACCCUAUGAAUGUAAGCAAUGUGGGAAAGCUUUUAGUCGUGAUUCACAGCUCAGUCUUCAUCAGAGACUUCAUACUGGUGAGAAACCCUAUGCAUGCAAGGAAUGUGGGAAGGCCUUUACUCAGAGCUCACAACUUAUUUUACAUCAUAGAAUUCAUACAGGUGAAAAACCAUAUAAAUGUGAAGAAUGUGGAAAAGCCUUUAUUCGUAGUUCACAACUUACCCGACAUCAAAAAGUCCAUACUGGUGAGAAACCUUAUGAAUGUAAAGAAUGUGGGAAGGCCUUUACUCAGAACUCACAACUUACUCUGCAUCAGAGACUUCAUACUGGUGAGAAACUCUACGAAUGUAAAGAAUGUAGGAAAGUCUUUACUCAGCUCUCACAACUUAUUCUGCAUAAGAGAAUUCAUACUGGUGAAAAACCCUAUGAAUGUAAGGAAUGUGGGAAAGCUUUUAUUUGUGGCUCACAGCUUUCUCAACAUCAGAAAAUUCAUAAUGGGGAAAAGCCAUAUGAAUGUAAGGAAUGUGGAAAGGCCUUUAUUCGUGGCUCAUUACUUAUGCAACAUCAGAGGAUUCACACUGGUGAAAAACCCUAUAAAUGUGAGGAAUGUGGGAAGGCCUUUAUUCGCGGCUCACAACUUACUCAACACCAGAGAAUUCAUACCAAUGAGAAGCCCUAUGAAUGUAAGGAAUGUGGAAAGACUUUUAGUCAUGGUUCACAACUUACUCAGCAUCAGAGAAUUCAUACUGGUGAGAAACCCUAUCAAUGUAAGGAAUGUGGAAAGGCCUUUAAUCGUGGCUCACUCCUUACUCGACAUCAGAGGAUUCAUACUGGUGAAAAACCCUAUGAAUGUAAAGAAUGUGGGAAGACCUUUAGUCGUGGCUCAGAACUUACUCAACAUGAGAGAAUUCACACUGGUGAGAAACCCUAUGAAUGUAAGGAAUGUGGGAAGUCUUUUAUUCGUGGCUCACAGCUUACUCAACAUCAGAGAAUCCAUACUGGUGAGAAACCCUAUGAAUGUAAAGAAUGUAGAAUGGCCUUUACUCAGAGUUCACAUCUUUCUCAACAUCAGAGACUUCAUACUGGUGAGAAACCGUAUGUAUGUAAUGAAUGUGGGAAGGCCUUUGCUCGUGGCUUACUACUUAUACAGCAUCAGAGAAUUCAUACAGGUGAGAAACCAUAUCAGUGUAAGGAAUGUGGGAAGGCCUUUAUUCGUGGUUCACAACUUACUCAACAUCAGCGAAUUCACACUGGAGAAAAACCCUAUGAAUGCAAGGAAUGUGGAAAGGCCUUUAGUCAUGGCUCCCAACUUACUCUACAUCAGAGAAUCCAUACUGGUGAGAAACCCUAUGAAUGCAAAGAAUGUAGAAAAGCCUUUACUCAGAGCUCACAUCUUUCUCGACAUCAAAGAAUUCAUACUGGUGAGAAACCAUACCAAUGUAAGGAAUGUGGGAAAGCCUUUACUCGUGGUUCACAACUAACACAACAUCAGAGAAUUCAUAUCAGUGAGAAAUCUUUUGAAUAUAAGGAAUGUGGGAUAGACUUCAGUCAUGGCUCACAAGUUUAUAUAUGAAUUACCUGAUUCUUUGUGAUUAAUAUAGAAAGCUUUCUCUGGUCAUUAAUCCAUUAUUAUCAAAGAAUUCUUAAAAUGUGAAUAUGGGAGCACAUUUGCCUCACAAAGUUCAGCAUCAGUGAAUUUAUAUGGGGAAAAGAUAAUGUUAAUGUAAUCCAUGUAGAAAAACCUUUCAUUACUGGAACCUGUUAAACUUUAGCACAUUAUAGUAAAGAAUAAUCCUGUUAAUUUAGUAAAUAUAGGAAGGCCUUCAGCUGUACCAUAUGUCUUUUUCAACAUUAUCUUGACUCUACCAGUUGCUUUCCUUUGUGACAUUUAUCAUGGUAAUUAACCUCUGCUUUGGUUUAAUAAUUUGUAAGAUAGACUCAAGAAUAAUACUUUCCUUAUAAGAUUCUUGGAAGUAUUAUGUGAGUUAUUACAUGUAAAGCUCUUAGAACAGUGCCUUGAACAUAGCAUAUCACAUAUAUUAGCUAUCAUUAUUAGUAGUGUUAUUUUAGAGAAUUUGCAUGAGAGGAGGACACUUAUGAAUAUAAUGAAUAUCGAGAAAUCUUUCAUUAACACUUAGCCCCGAUUAUUUGAGUAGGGGGUACUGUAUGCUGUAAUGAAUGUGAGAAAGCUCUAUUCAGAUCUCAUCCCGUAUGCUUUAAGAGGCAAUUAGUACUGUAAAAACAACAACAACAACAACAACACAACUGUAGAUUUAAUCAGUGGAUUGUUGUUGAAGGGAUGUGAAGUGAAUUGUAAGAUAGUCCAAAAACUAGUAUUUUCCACCAUCUCAACGAAAACAACGAAAAAAAUCGAUAGCCAAAAUAAAUCUACCAGGAAAUUUUUUAAAACUUGAAUGUACAGCUUUUGAAUUAAAAUUAAAAACUGACAUUACAGACUAUUUUGCAAUGAAAAAUGAUGGAAGUCUGUGUCAGAGACUGCUAUUUCCCUACACAAUAUCCAUUUUCCCUUUUUUUUUUUUUUUUUUUAAGAUUUUUAUCUUUCCUUUUUCUGCCCAAAGCCCCCUGGUACA